AUGAAAGAACCAUCGAUUAAAACUUCAUUAACAGAAGUAACAAAUCUUCUUCCUAAUACUCCACCAUGUCGUAUCUUUUUUAAGAAUGAAUAUGAACAACCAUCUGGUAGUUUUAAAUUACGAGGAAUUGGACAUUUAAUUGCAAAAUCACUUGAACAAAUCCAAGAUUCUGAAAAGGAAAUUCAUGUAUAUUCAUCAUCAGGGGGCAAUGCAGGAUUAGCAGCUGCUUAUUCCAGUAAAUAUUAUCAAGUUCCAUGUACUGUUGUUUUACCAAAGACUUCUAAAACUAAUGUAAUUGAAAAAUUAAAAUCAUUAAAUGCUGAAGUUAUUAUAAAUGGAAAUCAUUGGGGUGAAGCUGAUUCUUAUUUACAAAAUGUUAUAAUUAAAGAAUUAAAUACUGAAUUGAUUCAUCCAGUUUAUGUUCAUCCAUUUGAAGGUGAAUUAUUAUAUGAUGGUCAUGGAUGUAUGAUUGAUGAAAUUGUAGAACAAUUUAAUCAUGAAAAUAUUCCUCUUGAUAAAGUUAAGGGAGUUGUUUGUAGUGUUGGUGGUGGAGGUCUUUAUAAUGGAAUUGUUAAUGGAUUAGAAAGACAUCUUGAAUUAACAAAAGUACCAAUAAUUGCCGUUGAAACUAAACAAGCACCAACAUUUAAUGAAUCUAUACGUAAUGGUAAAAUAAUUCAUUUAAAAUCAGUUAAUACAUUAGCAACUUCAUUAGGUUCACCAUAUUUAUCAAUUAAAUCAUUUGAAAAUUAUUUUAAUCAUAAAACUUAUCUUGAAGAAAUUGAUGAUUUAGAUUCAAUUAAAGGUGUAAUUGAUAUGUUUAAUUUAUUACAAAUUUAUAUUGAACCUGCUUGUGGUACAAGUGUUUGUAUUGCAUUUGAUAAAUUAAAUUUAUUAACUAAAUUAAAUUUAAAUUAUGAUGAUAUUAUAAUUAUAAUUGUUUGUGGUGGUUCUGGUAUAAAUGAUGAAGUAUUAAAUUAUUAUAAAUCAUUAUUAUAA